AUGAGAAACUCAUUGAGGCCAGAGGAUCGCGAAGCCGCUCCCCACAACGAGACGGAUCGCGGCCAUGUCGGUAAAGAGGGUGACUACGACCGCGAGCGCUCUAUGAGCGGUAGUGGUGAGGACUCCGCGAGCGAGCAUUCUCAGCAAGCUGGUGUAAAGCGCAUUGAAGCCGUGAGCAAGGCCUGGACUACGACCUCGCUUGUUAUUGCCUACGUUGCCCUGCUUCUGAUCGCCAAUGUCACGUCCCUCGAGAUCCAGGUGACAGGUAUCAUGGUGCGGUUCGCUACCAGUGACUUCCUGCUGCAUUCUUUGGUCUCUACAAUUUAUGUCGUGCAGGGUGUAGUCAGCUCCGUCAUCAAACCGCCAAUGGGUAAAAUUGCCGACGUGUUUGGACGUCUUGAGGCCUUUACCAUCACCAUUGCUGCAUACACGAUUGGUUAUUGCAUGCAAGCCGACUCAAGCAAUGUUGAGACGUUCGCCGGAGCCCAGAUUUUCUGGGCUGCAGGCUUCAACGGUCUCCAAGUCCUGCAGCAAAUCUUUGUAGCAGACACGACCGAUCUACUCAAUCGUGCUCUCUUCUCCACGCUGUUUGACUUGCCUUUCCUCUGGACGGUCUGGGCUGGACCCGAAGUCGGCAACUCUAUUCUAACCACAGCUGGCUGGCGAUGGGGUUAUGGAAUCUGGGCUAUCAUCCUCCCGGUAUGCUUCGUUCCCUUGGCUGUCAGUCUAUGGAUGAAUCAGCGACGUGCGAAGAAGCUCGGACUCGAGGUCCCCAGUGCCUUCCGAGGAAACUCGGCUUUCCAAAUUGUCAAGAACAUCUGGUUCGAUCUUGACACAUUUGGAUUACUCUUAUUUGCUGCCGCAAUCUCAUUGAUCCUCUUACCGCUUACAUUGGCUCCUGGUGCCGACGGCGGCUGGGCCAACCCAAGCAUGAUUGCCAUGCUCGUGCUGGGUGUUGUAUUCUUGCUAGCCUUCCCCUUCUGGGAGACAAGCAAGAAGCUAGCGCCAAUGGCCUUCUUCCCACCCAACAUUUUCAAGGAGCGUACCGUCAUUGCAGGUGUACUUAUUGCAUUCUUCUACUUCAUGGCAUUUUACUUGUCCGUCUUUCCCUACUUCUCGUCGUACCUGCAGAUUGUGCAAGGAAAGGGACAGGUCACUGCCGAUUACAUCGUGCGCGUCUUCUCGUUCAGUUCGACCGUUUCCUCUGUCGCGGUAUCCUUGGUCAUUAAGUACACCGCCCACUACAAGUACUACGUCACCUUCGGCGCAGCCAUCUAUCUGAUGGGCAUGGGCCUUAUGCUAGCCUACCGCAACGAAGACGCAUCUACCGGCUCCUUGGUCGGAACCCAAAUCGCCGUCGGUAUCGGUGGUGGUUUCCUCAACGUCCCAGUCCAACUCGGAGUGCAAGCCUCCGUCUCUCAUCAGCAAGUCGCAGCCGCCACGACCGUCUGGCUCACUCUUCUCGAAGUCGGUGGUGCAGUCGGUUCCGCUAUAUCGGGCGCUAUCUGGUCCACCUGCGUUCCCUCCAAACUCCAGCAAUACCUCCCAGCAGAUGCUGUGGGUGACUGGGCCACCAUCUACGGCGAUCUUACCGUUGCGGCCGAUUACGUCACUUACCCACCUGGCUCCCCGGCACGCAUUGCCAUUAACCGUGCGUAUCAAGAGUCUAUGCGAUACCUUCUCAUCGGAGCGCUUUGCUGCGCUGCGCCUAUCCUUCCGUUGACGUUCUUCCUCAAGAACUACAAGCUGGAUCAGAUGGAUCAGAAGGUCACUGGAAAUGUUAUUGGAAAAGCGAACAGGAACGAGCAUUUCGAUGAGAAGCCCAAGAAGUGGCAGUUCUGGAAGCGCGGCUGA